AUGGUUUACUCGCUAGCUACAAUUAGGGAAUGGCUAUAUGAAUAUAUUGAACUAAACAUUCUGAAGAGCACGGUUUCCUGGGAUGAGUUUCCACGUUUCCACUCACAUUGCAGAUCAUUUGCUGGGCAGGGGCAAACACGGACCUGUAAAUGCUUAAAUCUCUCCACCAACAAUCUAAUGUAUUCUGAUUACCCUAGCUCUUUGAUUUUCGUCAAGCCUUUCCCUAUCUCUCAAUUCACCAUCGUCUCCCUCGGCCUUAGCCGAGACAGCUUUCCGUGCGUGCCUGGAUUGCGAUCUGACGACUUCAUUAAUCUCCCUCGGAGCGCCGGAAUCCCUGAUAGCUUCACUAUUAUGGAGGGGUCGAGCCACUUUAGCCGUUUAGGCAUCUUGCGAAAAGGUGGAAAGUGGGUUAUGACAUUACCAUACAAAGGCGUUCUUGAUGCAGGCAAAAUCAUGAAAGAAUGUUGGAGUUAUGGCCGUGUGGGCGGGCGAGAGUACGAGGUUGGUCUAGGAGGCCUGCCUCCCUCGCCAUCGUUCAAUUACCAAGUCGGAAUGCAACCUAAAUAUAUGGCUAGGAAAUCCUAUAAAGAGUAUGUCCUUUCUGGUGAAGCCUUCCACAUGGCAUCAUAUAAAUCAUUUUGCUUGAACAUGUCCUUGUAUGUGAUUUCAGAUGCAGCCUCACUUCCUCCCUCGCUGCAAUCUACCUAA